AUGCACUCUGCUGCCUUCGGCAUGGUCGACGAUGGUCAUGCGUGCAUCAGCGUCACACUGCGCCCAGAUCCCAUCUCCGACUCGAUGUGCAGCUCAAUAAGGAAUCGGAGCACCUCAGAUGGCCGAAAAUUGAUUUGCGGAUCAGACCUGCCCGACACGCCAGCGUUGGUACCCCCGCGAGGGCACUUUACACCACUGCGAACCGCGUCCAGCGCCGCAUUCCUCCAUACUGUGUACGCGGACGCCUGA